AUGAACAGUCAAACACGUUCGAUUUCCACUGAAAUAUUAAAUCAACAAGAAGAUCUUUCACUUUUAUUGGCCAACAAUGAAGAUCUUGUGCGAUCGAUGACUUCACGAGCAACCUUUGCUCGAAAUCUUCGAUCAUUGAGACCGUCCUCACCAACUAUACAUCGAACCAAAAACAUCACAAUCCAAAAUUUAUCACCCAGCAACAGCAUAACAUCACCGUCCGAUGAAUACUCCUGUUCAUCGGCCCCUGUGACAAAUGUCAGUCAAGACAAAGUUAGCGAGAGAAGUACCACAAAAACACGACGAAUCCGUCUUCACAACCAUGCUGAAUUCAACAGCCAUGACGACCACGGUAGUAGUUCUGUGUGUGAAUUUCAUACUGACACUUCCAAAAUAACAACAACAAGAACGAAACCAAUUAUAAUUGAAAAAAUGCAUGAGAGUGAUGAGGCUCGCUUGGAGAACGAGAAUAGUGAGUCGGAGGAUCAUCACCUGGUGCAAGUUUCAAUGAAAAACAACAACAGUAGCAAUAAUAACAACAGCAUCAACAACCAUAUAUUACAUCAUAAUUCUACAACUCCAUCCAAUGAAUCAAAGAUGGAUAAUAGCUUGGAAUCUCAAUAUCGGGAUUGCAAUAAUAAUAUGGCGGUGAAUCAGAACAGAACUCAUCAUUUACAAUUUUACGAUGAUGAUGAAGAGUUUGUUAUCUUUGAAAACGUAUUAUAUAAUACAUUGGAAAAUACUGCACAAGAUUCAGAAUCCUCACCAACCCCAUCCCCUACAUCAUCACCCUCCAGAACUCCCUUCCCAUUCUCCAGAAAAAACAAGCUUCAAGGAUUAAUCCCUAAUUCAUGGAAGAAUAUGUUUGUAAGCACCAAAAAAGAAGAUACUUCAGAAAAGAAGCCCAUUGUGGCAAGAAAAACAAAUAAUGCAAAGAAACGCAAGUCGUUCGUGCCACCUGAAGAGCUGUUGUCAAAGUGGAUCCAGCAGUUGAGUUUGGAGUCGACUAACUCUCUCUCAACCAGCGGAGGAUUUAAAGAUUUGAUGAAAAUACUGUCAAGCAAAUUACUGACACAGCCUUUAACAACCUCAAAAAGUUCAAAGAUAAGAAAACUUGAACAAAACCUUCUCGUUAGCCUCGUUGAUACCCUUAUCAAGUACGAGAUUUUGACAGAAUCCACAAAUGAUCAACCUGAAAUCUCUCCUUUGAGUAGUAACGACAAUACCAAUCCAACAACAAGCACGCCUAACAACAACACCACAACUAAUCUUGACUCUUCCAACCAAAAUCUUUAUCCAUCCAAAAUUUCUCUGCAAAUACAACCGUCCCUGUUGCAAGGAAAAGAAAAAGAGAUCGUGCAAUCUGUUUUGCAGGACUUCUCUACGCGAUUUCCUCUUCAACCAGCAUCGUCUUCCCGCACUAACACAAACACUGUUGACAAACAAGUGUCACUUGCCUUUGGGGACAAUAAUGGAAGCGAACACGGUCAGUCGUCUCAUUUUAAAAUUAACGGCAAAUCUCCUUCCUCUCACAUGACACAAGAUGCAUCGCAACAAAAUAAUCCCCAACAACAAAACCAACAAACCACACCAAAUCAGCAACCAACAUCCACACCAUCAAUAUCAAAUCGAUCUUCCAUGCUUUUGAUGUCCUUUGAUGAAUUUUUACAUGGAGAAGGAGGAUAUUCUUCAUCAUUCAGACCAUCACCACGAGUGAAUGGAAAGAUGGAAACAGAAUCACAUUCGGAGAGUUUAGAGGAAAGCUCAGUGCUGUCAACAUCUAACAUGGAGAGUUCAUCGAUAUCAACACCAUCAUCAAAAGGAGUACUAGCAACUACGCAACCAAGCUCUUCCAACGAGGUUAUUGGUGUCAGUGCAGUGCUAACGGUUUUGACUUUAAAUAUUGGAUCAGCAGCGAAUGAUCCCGCAACAACGAACACAUCAGGAGAAGCCAACAACAAUGAAGUGACUACUGACAAUACAAAAGAGGAAAAGCAGCCAGAAGGUACUCCAUAUGAGAGAAAGCUCAUGUUCGGUGAAAAAAGUUUGUUUGACAUGAAAUCACAACUGAAAGGAAGGCAUCGGUAUGGCUUUCUAACACCCAUGCAAUUUUUGGAUUUUGGCUUGCGAGCUGGCUUUGACGAGGAUGAAUUUGCAUCCAUUUUCGCUGUAACAUACUCGACAUUUAUGUCGACACAUCAACUCAUUCCCAUGUUAGAAUUUGUGAUGAAAGUAAUUUUGAAUGAUGAAAAAGUCCCACAACCACUCGACGAAGAGGAAGAAGAAAAUAUAGAUCAUGAUCUGUCGGGAGCUUCGAAUAUCAUUGACAAUGAUUGUAAAUUAUCAAGUGAAGAGAAAAACCUUGUCAUUAGACGAGUAGUUUGUCUCUUAAAACACUUUGUAUCAUUAGCAUUCUCAGAUUUCCAAUUUGACAAGCAAUUCCACGAAAUGCUUUAUUCCUUUGUUGCUCCUCUUUCUGGUUUUAUACAAUUCGAAGCAACUAAUGGAGAAUCAGUCCAGGAACAAGUGUGUGAUCUCGUGGAGAGGAUUACACUAGUUAUUUCUGGAGCUCAUGAAGAUCAACACAUCCAACCAAAUCCACCAAAACCUCUCAUCAAGAAAAUACCCAACGAUCCACGAAAGAUUAACAUGAUAGAUAUUGAUCCUGUAGAAGUUGCAAGACAGCUCACAUUGUUUGAGUUCAGUUCAUUCGAAAAGAUUACAGCCAAAGAACUGCUGGGAGCUUCAUGGAUGAAAGAAACAAAAGAGUGGACUGCUCCCAAUAUUACUCAAGUAAUUUGGAGAAGUAAUCAAAUGACAGAUUGGGUAGGAACAUAUAUUUGUAGUAUAAAAAAUUUGAAAGAAAGAAGAAAGGCAUUGAAACAUUUAAUUCAAGUUGCAGACGCUUGCUUGGACAUGCACAAUUAUAACACAGUAUUUGAAAUAGUGAUGGGAUUAAUAUCACAGCCAGUAUAUAGAUUGAAAAAAACUUGGGAAGUUGUGAAGGAACAAGAAUUGCAAAAAGCAUGGAAAAGACUUGAAGAUAUUACGAGCUUUCAACAAAGCAGGAAAGCUUACAGAGAUCAAAUCAAAAAAGUCAUUAAGGAAUCUGUUGACAAACUUACGCCAUGUCUUCCAUAUUUGGGAAUUCACUUGAGCGAUUUAGUCUUUUUUGAUGAAGGUAACAAGGACAAGAUGGAAAAAGGUGUCACAACAUACUAUAAUUUUACAAAACGAGCACUCAUGGGACAAAUUGUUUAUCAAAUCAUUGCCGUGAAAAAGAUACCCUAUAACUUCCAAAAAGUUGAUUUCAUCGAAGAGUUUUUAUGGUGGCAGCUUAACAGCAAAGUUUUACAUGACGAAUCUGAAAGGGAUAAAUUAUCGAGGCAGUGCGAGUAA